GGUGCGGGAAACACAUGGGAACUGAAAGAAAAGAGAUCUGAGAAACGAAAUCCGCAGGGGAAAGAAGUUGCCGGUGUUUUAGGGCCACAGCCAGCAGAUGCGGGCAGGGAAGCGGAGGGAGGGGAAAGCCGGGCUUCUGGAACCUGCUGCUGGGCUUUAGACAAAGGCGGUUUGAGAAGCAGAGACCGCGAGGCGGACCGGUUGCUAGUAUCAGCACGGGGGUGGGGGGGCCGGAGCCAGCAGCGGGACUUCCCGGCCUGAAAGGGGAUCGAUUCCCAGCGCGUCCUUCAGGCUAGGAGUUCCCGGAGUAUGUGCCAGAAUAAGAACGCAGAGGGAGAAGUAAGCUUGGGGGAGGCCUGGCAGAUUUUGCCCGUCGUUGACAACCUGCUCCUCCGGGAGGCAUGCUGCCUUCAUCCAUGCGUUACCUCUUCGUAGUUUCUGUUUCCUGCGUCGUCCUUUUUAUCGUGCUCUAUGUGUUUGGGUUCGGGGGAGAGCCGGGCUUCCAGAGGCUAAAUAAUUCAGACACUUGGAUGCUGACUCAGGUUUGCACAUCCUUUAUCAAAGGCAGAACGCCUUUCCUGUGGAGAAACAAACUGAGGAUACAAGACAAGUCUUCUUGCAGGGAAUACCUGACCCAAAGCCACUACAUCACAGCCCCUCUGUCUAAAGAAGAAGCUGAAUUUCCUUUGGCGUAUAUAAUGGUCAUCCAUCACCAUUUCGAUACCUUUGCAAGGCUCUUUAGAGCGAUUUACAUGCCUCAGAACGUCUACUGUGUUCACGUGGAUGAAAAGGCGACAGUCGAAUUUAAAGGCGCGGUGGAACAAUUACUGAGCUGCUUCCCAAAUGCUUUUCUGGCUUCUAGAAUGGAGCCAGUGGUCUAUGGGGGGAUUUCCAGGCUCCAGGCCGACCUGAACUGCGUCAAAGAUCUUGCGGCCUCCAAGGUCCCAUGGAGGUACGCCAUCAACACGUGUGGGCAAGAUUUCCCCCUGAAAACCAACAAGGAGAUAGUCCGGUAUCUGAAAGGAUUUAAAGGGAAAAACAUUACCCCGGGGGUGCUGCCCCCAGCCCACGCCAUUGGACGGACUAAAUACGUCCACCGGGAGCACCUGGGCAAAGAGCUUUCCUAUGUGAUCAGAACCACGGCGUUGAAAUCACCUCCUCCCCAUAACCUCACCAUUUACUUCGGCUCUGCCUACGUGGCUCUAUCAAGAGAGUUUACCGACUUUGUCCUCCGUGACCCGCGGGCGGUCGACUUGCUCCGGUGGUCCAAAGAUACUUUCAGUCCUGAUGAGCAUUUCUGGGUGACGCUCAACAGGAUCCCAGGUAUGUGCGACGCCGUGUUUCAGGGGACAGCAGCGUGCCGUACUUGGAAAGGCUGUUCGAGAGCCUGCUCCCUUUUAGUAGAUGUGCAAGAUGAAAGGGAACAUCUGUAGUUCUCUCUGAUCCUUUCUGGAUGCAGAAUCAGGUUCUAGCACGGCCAAGGGAAUACCUUUCAGAGGUAUGGCUUUACAACUGAUCGUGUUCUUUUGCGUUCAUCUUACUAAAUCUUUACCACAAUAGGUAUCGCUGUUGUCAGUCCAUAGUGGUGUUCUUUCUUUCCCCCAAAUUUGCCAGACCCUCUCUUGCCAGCGCUUCUCCUUCCUACCCCAUCCAUCAGCCAGAUAUGAGCUGACCACUCCCCUUAUUCUUCCUUCAAAGGGUGUAUCACCCCUUGGAAUAAUCACAUUGACGUCUUUGUAUGAGGUUGUUCUUGGCCUCCUCUGCAUUAUUAGCUGUGCGAAGUUGGGGUCAUUUUCCUAUCUUGUUAACUGCUAAGCAUCCUCAGUGCUUAGAACAGAUAGUAAAUGGUCAAUAAAUAUAUAUUAGAUAAGUGAGUGAGUGAAUGAACGAAUGGCCAAGCAUGAAGUUUUACACCAGAGUUGUCUCCCUCAGACCCGGCGAGUUGAGAAAUGGUUGGACUCAUGUGUAUACCGUAUCACACGGGUAGGGGUUUUUGUUUUUGUUUUUUUUUUUUGGAAAAGAAAAUACAUUUUGCUUUAGCUCAAGAAUGAGAUUCUAGGAACAGCUCCUUCUUUUCUCAUCAAAACAUUUCCACCUUUACUAAUGGACCAGAUGGAUUCUUUUUAAAACUACAUGAAACAUGAUAGAAUCUCUUCUGCAGGAAAUCUCAAGCUUUGGUCUCCAUGAAAAAUACAAAAUGGACCUCUGAUGAACUCAACAGCAUUAUUAUAGCAGGAGAAAAACAAUCAUUGUUCUGGUUUUGGGGGCCUGCCAAGUUGGAAACACUGGUAGGUCCUCCCAGGCUGCAGGGCAGGGCCUGCUGGGCAAUAAACAUGCCAGCAUUCUCUGGAAAAUACCACGUUUGGGCUCUGAAUCUCAGGGCGACUGGCUUGGGGAACAGGGUUUGCUCUUGUACUGUGCCCUCUGUCUUUCCUGGCCUCCCUCUCCGUACGGCCGCCAUCUUUCCACCUUCUGUCUGUUGUUUCCAUCAUUGUCAUAUAAUUUGGGAGGGACUCAGUACUUAGAGGCUGAUUUUCACAUUUCAGUAUUUAUCCCUUCCUUUUUUCACUAUUCCCUUUUGAUUUAUAACAUUUGGUACCAGCCAUGCGGUUCCUUACAUCUGGUCUGAGAUGAAGGCAUUUCUUAACAAAAGCCUGAAUCGUCACAUCUUGAAAGAAGAAAAACACGUAUUUAGGCUGGGGUUAAAUGUCUGGUUACUGUGACAGAUGGAUGAUCAGUCUUCUCAAUGUCAAAUCAAUAUAAGAAAACCAAGGAGGGUCGCCUGAGUGGCUCAGUCAGUUGAGUGUCUGUCUCUUGGUUUCAGCUCAGGUCAUGAUCUCACAGUUCCUGGGAUUGAGCCACGAGUGAGAUCCCGCACUGAGCCCCGAGUUGGGCUCCUCGCUGUCAGAGCAGGGCCUGCUUGGAAUUCUCUCUGUCUGUCUGUCUGUCUCUCUCUCUGCCCCUCCCGCACUCUCUCUCUCUCUUCCUCUCAAAGUAAAUAAAGAAAGAGAAAACCAAGGGAAAAAAAGAAUCUUCCCUCCCCCCC